GUUUACUCAUUAUUUUUGGACUCGUGUGUUUUAGAGUGUAUCUAUUCAGAGAUCUGAGAAAGGGUGGUGGUCCAUGCUCUUGCAGAAUUUCCAGUUUUAUAAAGGCUCCCAUUCAUUGCUUUCAUCAUCUCCAAAUACAGUAGCGAAUUUGAUCGCGCAGAAUGCUAGUUUUUGUUGAUUUGACCGACAACUCGUUUUCUAUCGUUCCACUCUUUUUUCUUUACACACAUAAUCAUUUUCCUUUCUCAUGAUGCUCCAAAAUUGGAAUCUUUUGAUCGUUUUAUUUACACAGGGUCUAUGCGUUCUCGCCGAUGUGUCUGUGAAUGGUGGCCGUAUUCGCGUUCCUUUGAAGCGAGCAGCAUCCAAUACCGCAUCCACCUCGAAUCUAAGUAGACGUGGGCCUAUUGCACCUUUGUUCAACGACCGUGGAUCACAAUACCUUGCCGAAAUUGAGAUUGGGACGCCGUCUCAGAAAUUUACGGUUGCUGUAGAUACAGGAAGUGCUGAUUUUUGGAUCCCGGAUCAUGAAUGUCCCGUUUUGCAGUGCCCUUUGGACCGUUUUGAUGGUCGUCGAUCAAAGACGUUCGAGUCAUUGAAUCAAUCGUUCAGCAUCACCUACGGUAUUGGCAGUGCGCGUGGGCAUUUCGCUAUUGAUCAAGUCCGCUUUGGAGGUCUAACCGCUGAUAAACAGCAGUUUGGGUUAGCGACCGCCACCGAACGUAUCCUCAGCACCAAACGCCAAGGUCGCAGCCAUGACCCUCAGAUCAACGGCAUCUUUGGAUUAGCGUUUCCUCGACUCACGGCAAGCGAUAAAUCCAAGGGUUACACACCGUUCAUGUUCAAUUUGCUCAAGAAUCAUGCUCUGAAAAGGCCCGUCUUUUCCAUUUUUUUGAAUUCCGUGGACAAGGCGGGUUGGGCCGGUGAACUGUUACUGGGAGACAUUGACCCAUCGAAAUAUGAAGGCGAUCUAGCGUACCUGUCCGUCGCUCAAUCCACUUUAUUUGGAGAAUCGGAUUACUACUACUGGUCGAUCUAUGGUCAGGCCGUGGCUGUCCUCGAAGGAGUGGAAAGUCCCUAUGUUCCGUUUGUGAAACCGCUCGACAUCAUUUUAGAUACAGGGUCAACGUUGACGUAUAUGCCGGCCCAGUUGGUCAGCGUUGUCAUUGAUGCCGUGCUAGGGAAAGGCCGCUACAAAUACGAUGACAGCACAUCGCUUUAUUACGUUGAUUGUGGUGCCAGAGUAUCUGACAGGGCCACCCUCGAACUCCAUUUUUCCGCCAAUGACUCCUUCUCGUCCGCGCCGUACAAAAUGCGUGUUUCUGCAAAAGACUUAGUUUUACCGUACGAUGGCUCUACCAUCGAAAAGGCGAAUACCUGUAUCUUUGGCAUCGCACCGAUAGGCGUCCAAACAGAUCGAUUCAUUGUUGGUGAUUCCAUGCUCCGAAGUACAUACCUCGUAUUUGACAUGCAGGAACGUCGCAUUGGUUUGGCCCCUGCCAGAACGGAUCAGCGUUCCGGCUCCUCUCACUCAUCCAACGCAUGCGCUUAUUCUACAAAAUGGACUUUGUAUGCGUUGAUCCCCAUAAUUUUGAUGUUUUUAUAAUUAUGAAUUACCCCCCAUACUGUAACUGUCAGAGAUCCCUUUACAAAUCCGACCUAGCCUGCUUUCAUAUCAUGCCAUGUAUUUACUCUCCUAAACGAUUCAACAAAUACAAUAUUCAUAGACUGACAAAC